AGCGGAGUAUUAUCGGACUCAGUAGUCGCCAUCAAUAACGUGAUCGGAUGUUGCACUUCCCGUUUCGUUUUACGAGUCCUCACGCAAUUUCGUGUCAAAUCCGAAGAUAGUUGACAACAAAUUUGUAUAAAAAGCAGCAUCCAAAUGGGAGUCGUCAAGUCGUUCGAUCGACGUCGCUCGCGCAUCAUGUUCUUCUCCACGGUCCUGGGUGUUUUGCUGUCCGCUGUUGCGUUAAGCACUCCUGUGGCUGGCGAUCCGGCAUCAAUUCUCACCAUCACCAGUUCCAAACUGACGAAUAUUCCUAAUGAUUACUUCGAUCCCUGGUCCAUUGAAAUAAUCAAGGGGAAAAGGUCUUCUCGGUUGAAUGCAAAAAUGCCUGUGAAAAAGGAGUUACCGGAAAGCAUGCAAUUGAGAGUAAUGAUCCAGUUGGAGGGCGAAGAUCCCAUUGAAUAUGUUGCGGACGCGUGUGAAGCCAUGAGCGACGAGAUGGUUGGGAGGAGUUUCAUCAGAGCUGGUAUCCCCAAAAACGAAUACCCACAGGAAUGUCCGUUCACUGCGGGUGACUGGGGUAUCUUGAAUUGGGAUCCACCGGUGCAUGCAAUACCACCCGGAGUCCCGGAUGGCCCGGUCACGGGCUAUGUCCAGAUUGGGGAAGAAGGCAAGGAGCCAUACAUCGACGUCGUUUAUGAGGGCGUGUUAUCACACGAUUUCUUGGGACGUUAAGCCCGUGCCAAGAUCCAAUUAAUGGACGAUUAAUGGCCAGUUUGUAGAAAUAUUAACCACGGCGAUCCGAGCACUCAUUUGUACUUAAAGGCACGUGUAAAUCUUACUGAGUUGUAAUAAAGUGGGAAAGCAUA